AUGCUUGAAAAGAAGGAGUACAGUCUGAGGAGCUCGAAUCAGAGGGAAAUGAAGUGGUUUGAAGUUGAAAAGGUUAAGCUCAAUUAUCCAGAUGAGUUUUUGACAUCAAUAUCUGGUAGUUAUAGCAUUACUUAUGGCUACAAAGUUACUUCUAUCACAUUUGAUACAAACCAAGGCCGUUAUGGACCGUUUGGACAGCAACACCAGUGUGAUAGGGAGUUCAUCUUUCAAAUGGGGCAGGACAGACAGUUUGGUGGAUUUCACGGCAGUACUAAGUGUGGAGAACUUGAAUCUAUUGGGGUAUAUGUCAAGCCAAUCACUACUCUAAACAACCCUGCUGGAAAAGUUAAAGAAGAGAGAUUGAUGAGUUAG